UAAAUGACUUGCUCAAACAUUUUGCGAUUAGGAGCUGUAAUAAUCUAUUUACAUUUUAUUGACUAAAUAGUGAUACAAUUCUUUUAACUUUACUUGUUUUAGCAUUAUCAGUUAAGUGCGAUUAGAAUAUAGUUUCAAAUGUAGGGUAAAUCCUGGUUAUCUUUUUAUUUGAUCACAAAAAUAUUAGUAAAUAGAUAAUAUCAAUUUUUUAUCUCUUUAAUUGCGAGUCAAUUAUUUAUCUAAAGUAUAAAAGGUAUGAUUAACCUUACCAAUAAACCUAGUUAUCCCUUAAACUACCACUAUGAAGCUGGCUGUGAUUUUCCUGUGUUUGUUAGCUUACGCUUUUGCCAAAUCAUUCAACCUCGAUACUUCAGAUUAUAACACCGCCUAUGGAUAUUUAACCAGAUAUGGAAUCCCAGAAGGAGAAAGAAUACAAAAGGCUGAAGAAGAAUAUUUAAAAGGUCAGACAUCAAGAAUCGUUGGUGGCUCUCCUUCCGCUGAUGGACAAUUUAAAUAUCAGGCUGGCUUAAUCUCUGAUAUCAUCGGAAUCACUGGCAGAGGUGUUUGUGGUGGUUCUUUAAUUAGCCCCAACCGAGUCCUGACGGCAGCCCACUGUUGGUUCGAUGGCAGAAAUCGGGCUUGGAGGUUUACUGUUGUGCUCGGCUCUGUGCUGCUCUUCAGUGGUGGCACGAGGCUGGAAUCGACAGAUGUUGUAAUGCACCCUCGUUGGUUCCCCCAGUUGAUUCGUAAUGACAUUGCCGUUAUUCGUUUACCUUCUCCUGUAACACUUUCAGCUACCGUUGGCUUUAUAUCUUUGCCAUCUAAAGACCAACUUAAGGAAAACUUUGUUGGAGCUCAAGCUACUGCGUCAGGCUUUGGAAUUACCAAAGAUGAUGGCAGUAUAUCUGCUGACCAAUUCUUGAGUCAUGUACGUUUGGACGUGAUUUCAAACCUGCGAUGCUCAUUGGCCUUCCCUUUUAUUCUUCAAUCAUCGAACAUCUGCACAGCGACCAAGGACGGACAGAGCACAUGCCGUGGAGAUUCUGGCGGCCCACUUGUCAUUGACAAUGACGGUGAACCUAUUCUUAUUGGCAUCACCUCAUUUGGAUCUGCUCUCGGCUGUGAAAUGGGUUCUCCAGCGGUCUUCGUCAGGGUCACAUCCUAUACUGACUUCAUAAACGAAAAAAGUAUAAAAGGUAGGAUGAAUUUUUCAUCCAAAUCAUUUAAGGUACCUCAAACCAUCAUCAUGAAGGUACUGGUGCUUCUUGUGUCCUUAGCGGCAUUCAUUUCAGCUGGGACAGUACCCGACUAUUCAAAAUUCAACCCUGUAUAUGGGUACCUAACCAAAUUUGGCAUCCCAGAAGCCGAAAGAAUUCAAAAGGCCGAAGAAGCUUACUUGAACAGUCAAUCCUCCAGAAUUGUCGGUGGAUUUCCCGCUGCACGAGCACAAAUUCCUUAUCAGGCCGGCCUGAUCUCUGACAUCAUUGGCCAAACGGGCAGAGGUGUGUGCGGUGGCUCCCUCAUCUCUAACAACAGAGUCCUCACGGCUGCUCACUGCUGGUUCGACGGACGCAACCACGCAUGGAGGUUCACUGUUGUCCUCGGCUCCCACCUUCUGUUCACCGGGGGAAACAGAAUACUAACCAGUACGGUUCUCAUGCAUGAUGAUUGGUUCCCAUGGCAAAUCCGUAAUGACGUAGCCGUUAUCCGUUUACCCGACCGUAUAGCAUUUACAGACACAAUUGCACCUAUUGGCUUACCUACUGGAGCUCUACUGGAUAGAGAUUUCGCUGGUGCUCAAGCUACAGUUUCUGGCUUUGGAUUAAUUGACGAUGCGACGACAAUUUCGCCUGAUCAGUUUUUGAGCUACGCCCGAGUCACGGUGAUUACGAACGGAGUUUGUAAUUUGGCAUUCCCUACCAUUAUACAAGAUAGCCACAUUUGUACCAGCACUGCAGGAGGAUCUGGACCAGACCGUGGAGAUUCUGGUGGCCCGCUCGUCACUGAAUGGGGUGGCAGACUCAUGCAGAUUGGUGUUGUAUCGUUUGGAUCUGCUUUGGACCUGCGCCUACCUGCUGCUUACGCCCGAGUUACGGCAUUCAAGGACUUCAUCCAAAAUAAUUUAUAAUAAAGAACAAUAGAG